AUGGUGGUAGGAUUAGCGCUAUCUCCUUAACUUCAAUGGCAGCGUGCAUGUUUCUGAUUUCGCGCACGACGUAGUGUGUCGCAUUACGAUAACAACAUCACCUGCUUCGUGAUCAUGUCGCGUCUUUUGCGUCAUUUGUCGAUUCUUGUUCCAAAACCACGAAUUUCUGCUCGUGAGCUGUGUUCAAUUCCCUCUAAGCUUCUUGGAGAAGAUGCUGUCGAGCAAGCUGAAGAACAGCAGCAGCAGCUCCGUCCUCUGUAUAUGGACGUACAGGCCACCACGCCGCUGGAUCCGCGUGUUCUUGACGCAAUGCUCCCGUACCUGAUCACGAACUUCGGUAACCCACAUUCGCGCACACAUGCUUACGGCUGGGAAAGUGAAGCUGCCAUGGAGAAAGCGCGUUCCCAAGUCGCCGACAUCAUCGGUGCCCAACCGAAAGAAAUAAUUUUCACCAGCGGUGCUACAGAAUCAAACAAUAUUUGCAUAAAAGGUGUGGCACGCUUUUACGCCGAGAAAAAGAAACACGUUGUCACCACCCAGACUGAGCACAAGUGCGUUCUAGACUCGUGUCGCGCACUGGAAGCUGAGGGCUUCGAGAUCACCUACUUACCGGUUCAGAAGAACGGUCUUGUCGACCUCAAUGAACUUGAGGCCGCUCUCCGACCAGACACUGUGCUCGUGUCAGUCAUGGCAAUUAACAACGAAAUUGGGGUCAUCCAGCCUAUAGCGGCCAUUGGUAAUUUAUGCCGCGAACGCCGCAUUUUCUUCCACACAGACGCUGCGCAAGCUGUGGGCAAGAUACCGCUCAGCGUGGACGACAUGAAGAUCGACCUCAUGUCCAUCAGUGGACAUAAGCUAUACGGACCCAAAGGUGUUGGAGCUCUCUACCUGCGCAGGAGACCCAGGGUUCGAGUGGAAGCUCUUCAAAGUGGAGGAGGCCAAGAACGUGGUAUACGCAGUGGGACGGUACCCACACCACUGGUAGUCGGUCUGGGUGCUGCCUGCGAAUUGGCCGCACGUGAGAUGGCCUACGAUCACAGGCACGUAGCGCGUCUCGCAGACCUCCUGGUUUCGCUCAUAACCAGAGAACUGACUCACGUGGUGCGCAAUGGCGAUCCACACGAGACCUACCCGGGCUGCGUCAACCUCUCGUUUUCAACUGUCGAAGGUGAAAGUCUGCUAAUGGCACUCAAGGAUGUGGCUCUGUCGUCGGGGUCAGCGUGCACGUCUGCUUCCUUGGAGCCAUCCUACGUCCUGCGGGCCAUCGGGGCUGACGAGGAUCUAGCUCACUCGUCCAUCCGCUUCGGGCUCGGACGUUUCACCUCGGAAGAGGAAGUGGUGUACACCGCUCGCAAGUGUGUGGAAGAAGUACGGAAGUUGAGAGAGAUGAGUCCAUUGUGGGAGAUGCUUCAAGACGGAAUCGACAUCAAGUCAAUCCAAUGGACGCAGCACUGAGCUAGAGAUCGGAGAUCAUAGACUGUACAUACAGACACCAUGAAAGCUGUCAUGGAAGAGGAACAGAAGCUGCUCGCCCAUCCUUCUUUGCGUAGUGUGGCCUUGUGGGUCCUUGUAAGAGACAGAAAUGCAUCCGCUUGACUUUGAUUACAAAUUCGAGUCAGAAUGGACGUGCAAUAGGCUCGUAAUAGGUGGAGCGCAUGCGGUAAUAAAAAAUAUUCGACGUUCCUUUUAGAAAGGUCAAAAUUAUUAUGUGCUGCUUUAACAUAAAAUGUUGUAUGUCAAAGAUGAUGAAAGGCAGAUUCACACUGCUGUGUUUCAAUACAUGCAGUAGCGUAUGGCGCGAGGUGGACCAUUGUUGCUGUACAACUGCACUUGUCUUGACCAUUGUCCAAGACAUGACACGCACACAGCCACGGAAACAGUACUCUAUUUGUGAAAGAAAAAGAUGACACGCUGUCUUGCCUCUGAAGUAUGUUGCAGGACUUGGUAACAGCAGUAGCACCUCGUAGGUAGUCCCAAAUGACACCUAAUUGCGCCCCUGAGUAUAUGGGGAUGGCACCCGGUGAGAUAUGUAGACCACGUGACUGUGAGUGGUGCAGCACAUCUGUACAUUUCAGCUGUAUACAGUUGGUACCAAGCAGUGUGCUACUACCUUCAACCUCUGUUGCAGUACCCACAAACAAAAGCAGCCUCACAUAACAGUGUGGCGGAAUGUCAAGUGUCUUGAUCACACCGAUAUCUGCAAACACACUCAUCAAAGCAAAGCAGCUUGUGAAUGUAUAACAUAUAUACGACAAUAUUUUAGUCUCCAAAAAUUUCCUGACAGAAGGAUGACCUCCAUGUGUCAAACCUUUGUGUUUAUAGAAAGCUUUAAAUAAAGCAGUUGAGACAUCCGCA